AUGAGCUCAGCCAACGACAACAUCAUCCAGGGAGUGCAGGCCGGCAACCACGACGGCGCCGUUACUUUGCCGCGCCCCUCCCAGCAGCUAUUCGACGACGCUGAGGCAGAGGCGUCCGACACCCAGAGCUGGCGCGUUGCUCAGCUGCUCUCGACAAUCCGACCGUACCUCACCCUCCUCGAGCGCAUGGACGCCGUCGUGGCUGCGACUGGCGUCACUUUCGAGAGUGAGCGUAUCCGUGUUGGAUACGCCUACGUCAUUGUGCGCCUGAUGAAUACGAUCAUCGCGCGUGAUGACACGGACGUUCUUCCUCCUCCUCCUGCUCUUCCCCCUCUUCCUCACCCCUCCCCUGCCCACACCGCCUUCAUCGUCUUCUUCUUCAGAUACUCUUCAAUUCAACCGCUGCAGGCUGGUGCGCAGGGAGGCGCGGCUCGCCAGCUUGACAAGAACAAGUUCAAGCUGGUCGACCAGAUGCGCGUGGGAUCUGCCAUUGCUGGAAUGGUAGAGAAGAAUGGCGAGCUCCAGCAUGACGUCUGGCAGUCGGCCAUCCCUUGUCUGCAGAGGGCAGACCGCAUCGUUCUCCCCGCCGACGACAGUCUCGUCGACGAUCUCCUUUCAAUGCUUUAUCUUCUCUCUUUCACUCGUGCGGACAUCAUUCGCCUCUACAAGGAGGAUGGUGUCCCCAAAACCAAAAUCUACACUUGGCAGGCAUUCAUGGCUUUUCUUCGCAAAAGGGAUAUGGAUUCACGUCCGGAGGCAUUCGUGGAGGUGAUGCAGCGCGGCGAGAUGUCUAGGACGCUUGACCAGAUCAAGUCGGCUAGCGAUGGCUGCUACCGUCGCCACACAUUGACCGUCGACGAUCUGGACAAGUUGGAAGGGGCUGGCAUCUCGGGCCACGGGCAAUUAAGGCAGCAGUGGGAGGUGACGGAGCUCGUGCACGAGCCUGGACGGGUGAAGCAGUUGCGUCACAGGGAAGUGACGUACCUCAUCGAGCUGCGCGAUGAGGCAUCUCGCCCAUCCUUGUCGGAGGCAGGCCCCUCCAAGCCCUCACCCGCUGGCGCCUCCAAGUCCUCGUCCGCCGGCCGCCUCAAGCGCUUGCCCACCCUCCCCUCCGCUUCCUCUCCUCCCGGCCUCGUCAAGUCCUCCUUCCCCGGCUCCUCUGGGUCCUCUCUUUCCACGCCCUCAAAGUCUUCUCUGGCCGGCCCUUCCUCUCUCGCCGGCCCAUCCAAGCGGCCUGCGGCGUUCUCUUCAAGCUCUUCGUCCUCUCGCAAGCCCUCUCUGGCAUCUCGCAUCAGGCUCUCUACCUUCAAUCCAUUCGGCACAUCGGCGUCACGCUCAACAUCCUCCCGUCCUUCCAUGCCGGCCCCUCCUCCUCCUGCAGCUGGUCGUGGAACUUCUGGAGGGGGCGGGCACGCGGUGGGUCGCACGGUGGAGGCGCCUUGGCAACGGGUCUGACGGCU